UUAUGUUUCAGUUUGGCAACCUUCCUUAUGGCUUCCAGGUAAACACUUGGGUGGUUCCUCCGGUUGUUGCAAAUAGCCCAUCUAUUUUUCCUUCACUUCCAGUGGAGGAUGUGACAUGGGGAGGAGAUGACGGUGGGGUUGGCUGGUAAGCUUGACAAAAGAAAAUGGGUCAAGGAGUUUGCGAUUUUGGCAGCAAUGCCUUGUAAUACAUCUGAAGAGAGACAAGUUCGAGAUGAGAAGGCCUUUCUACUCCAUAAUCUAUUCGUUGACGUUUCGGUUUUCAAAACAGUGGAGAUAAUAAAGAAUGUAAUAGAGAGUAUGCUUUUGUAUGUUGUGUCAUGUUUCAAUGCAAAGUCACGAGCUUUUGUAUGCUUUUGUAAGCUUGUGUAUUAACAAAAUCACGGACUUUUGUAUACAAAGUCAGGACUUGUGUUAAAGUUUUUUAAAAACUCUUAAUUAAGAAACUCUUAAUUAAGAAACUCUCAAUGGAACACAAAAUUUAUGAGUUUUUUAACUAAAUUUUUUAACUAACUUUUAUUAUUAAACAAAUCAUUAAGAAACCCAAAUGGGGGUUAUAGGGUUAAUGAUGCUCUUAAAACUUGAGCUACUUCCUCAAGUACUAUGAGAAACUUUGUAAAAGUACGAGUAACUUAAACCCUUUUCUGCAAAUGACAUCUCCAAGCACAAGCAACAAUCACCGAUGCUUAAACCUGAUAUCAAAAUGCAAAACCCUCGAGAAUCUCAAGCAAAUCCACGGACAGUUCCUCACAAUCGGCCUCUCUCACCACACGUUCCCUCUAAGCAAGCUGCUUCUUUUAUCCUCCACCGUCUGCUUACCGUACGCUCUCUCUAUCUUCCGUCGCAUCUCCAACCCUUCCGUCUUCCUCUACAACACUCUCAUCUCCUCCAUCGUCUCCAAUCACCAAUCGACUCAAACCCAUCUCGCCUUUUCUCUCUACGCUCAGAUUUCGAGACCCAAUGAGUUCACGUACCCUUCUCUCUUCAAAGCAUCGGGCUUUCACCCUCGGUGGCAUCGCCAUGGAAGGGCUCUUCAUGCCCAUGUGUUGAAGUUUCUCGAACCGGUUAAUCAUGAUCGGUUUGUGCAAGCUGCGUUGGUUGGGUUUUACGCCAAUUGCGGGAAACUGAGAGUAGCUAGGUCUCUGUUCGAUCGAAUUACAGAACCUGAUUUAGCUACUUGGAACAGCCUUCUCGCUGCGUACGCUAGGUCCAGCGAAGGAGAAGGUGAGAUUGAUCUCGGUUUACACGAGGAGGGUUUGAGGUUGUUCGUGAAUAUGCGGAUGAGUUCGUGUGUGAGACCGAACGAGGUUUCUCUUGUAGCUUUGAUGAAAUCUUGUGCGGGUAUAGGUGAUCUUUGUGGAGGAGUAUGGGCUCAUGUGUAUCUCUUGAAAACUAAUCUGUCUCUUAACCAGUUCGUUGGAACUUCUCUUAUCGACCUCUACUCAAAAUGUGGAUGUUUGAGUUUCGCACGCCAAGUGUUCGAUGAAAUGCACCACAGAGAUACGUUGUGUUACAACGCCAUGAUCCGCGGUUUAGCACUUCACGGGUUUGGUUUAGAAGCUAUCGGAUUUUACAAGAACUUGAUCUCCCAAGGACUUGCACCGGACGAAGCUACAUUCCUGGUGACCAUAUCCGCAUGUUCGCACUCGGGUCUAGUUGAUGAAGGUCUUCAAAUUUUCAACUCGAUGAAAGCCGUUUAUAAUAUCGAGGCUAAGGUUGAGCACUAUGGAUGUUUAGUUGAUCUACUUGGCAGAUCCGGAUGGCUGGAAGAAGCUGAAGAAUGCAUCAAGAAGAUGCCGAUGAAGCCCAACGCGAUGUUGUGGAGAUCGUUUCUUGGAUCGGCUCAAAUCCACAAUGACUUGGUGAGGGGUGAAAUUGCGCUAAAGAAUUUGUUGGGGUUAGAAAUUGAAAACAGCGGAAAGUAUGUGCUUUUGUCGAAUAUUUAUGCCGGAACGAACCGUUGGGAUGACGUGGAGAAGACCCGGGAACUUAUGAAAGACCACCGUGUUAAUAAAUCUCCAGGGAUUAGUACUGGUAAUUAAUUAAGUGCAAUUAUACCACAGAUCAUUUUGAGUUUGCUUUAAUUUGCCUAUUUAUUUGAAUUUAGAACUUGUUGAUUAGAAAAAGGCAUGUUGACAACUCGAUACGUGUAUCCCAAAACUAUUACAAAAUAGUUUUAUAAUUAGUGUAGAUGGUUGGAAAAUA